AAUAUAGCGGCGUCGUUUCAGUGUGUGGUUGUAGUUAAUGUUUGCUAACUGGCUAGCUGUGCUGUUAGCUGCAUGCUCUGGAGCUCCCACAGUUACUGUAGUAGACCUAGAAGGUUUGAAAAGACAGUACAGCAUUUUAUUUAUUCAAUACAAGAGGGUACUAAAUAUUGGACUUCAGGCUCACAAAUCUUCACUGUCUCAUUAAAUAAGACAUUGGAAAAACAGAAAAUUCAUUGUUCAUUCAGAAUGCACACAGUGAACACGUUACUGUGCAGAAUGCUGAUUCAUGUUUUAUAGCAUUUUUAUACUGUAUAUUUUUAAGGAUUUGUGGCUUUCCUUGGUCUUAUGUGAAUUUGAAGACACUGUUUACACUAUUACCUCUUGUUUUAUAGACCAGAAGUUAAACCGUUAAUUUAGAAAAUAAUCAAUAGGUUUUUCCAGGUUGGUUUCACUCCUGCAGCAAAUUGUAAAUUUUUUAGACUGGAAACUGGAAUCAGUGAAGGUCUCCACUGAUGUUGACUGGAUGUAGAAAUCUCUCUCUGACAUUUUUAUCGCUCACCUACAGAGGAUUUCAUACCAGGAGGACCCUGAUCUCACCCUCUGCUCUUUGCUCUUCUGCCUCAACAGUUCCAUCCCUCCCUCCAUCUCUCCCUUCACCAUCUCACAGUCUCAGUUUCUUGACAAGCCAAAAAAAUUCAGUUCCCCUGCAACUAUCUGUUCACUUUUCCUCCACCCGCUCCCUGUCUCAUUCUACUCACUGUUCAGGACUGAUGGAGCUAAAAGAGGUUCUGCAGGUGCUGGAGCAGCUUGCUCCUCUGUCACUUGCAGAGUCGUGGGACAACGUUGGCUUGUUGGUUGAGCCAAGCAAAUCUCGGCCUGUCAAAACCAUCCUGCUAACCAACGACCUUACAGAUGCUGUCAUGGAGGAGGCAGAGACCAUGACCUGUGACCUCAUUAUCUCAUAUCACCCUCCGUUGUUUCGGCCAAUCAAGCGUCUAGUUCAGAAAGAUUGGAAGCAACGAUUGGCCAUUCGGGCAGUGGAGGCCGGGAUUGCGAUCUUCUCCCCUCACACGUCUUGGGAUAGUGUUAAAGGAGGGGUAAACGACUGGCUGGUCGGCGGACUUGGUAGCGGCCAGGUGUCUGUGCUGAGUCAGGCCCUCGGUGGCGCCUCGCACAGUCACAAAUUGGAAUUCAUGGUCAGGAGCACAGAGGAACUAAACACUGUCAUGGAGGAACUGAAGGCUUGUGAUGGUGGAACAACACUACAGCAUUCAAUUAGCAGACCAGACAACAGUUGGAUCCAUGUCAGUUUUACCUGCAGUGACUCAGCGCUGACCCCCAGUGUCCAGGCUCUGUUACGACACACCUCUCCCAGCCAGUCCCUCACCAUCCUAAAGUUAGAGAAGCCCCCUCUCCCAGGCCACGGCCAAGGGCGACUCAGUUUGUUGGACCAGCCAGUAACCGUGGCAACAGCCAUCCAAAAAAUGAAGUCUCACCUGGGUUUGAAUCACCUCCGUUUGGCUCUAGGAUUGGGGCAGACACUAGAGUCCUCUGUGCGUACUGUGGCUGUGUGUGCUGGAUCAGGGGCCUCAGUACUGAAUGGGGUCAAAGCAGACCUUUAUAUCACAGGUGAGAUGUCCCACCAUGAAGUGCUGGACGCUGUGGCAAAGGGAACCAGCGUCCUCCUCAGCGAUCACAGCAACAGUGAGCGGGGUUUUCUGGCUGUGUUCAGGGAGAGGCUGGCUGUGCGUCUUCCUGACAACGUCACUGUGGUGGUGUCCAAGGCUGACAGAGACCCUCUGGAGGUGGUCUGACCAGCUUUCAGCUGUAGUUGCACUAUAUCUGAAUCAUUAAUGCCUGUUGGGUAAAUUGCAGAUCUUUUGAUCAGAGUAACUGUUUUCUUACAGAAGCAAUGUCUGCUUUUUGCAAUAGUCAGUUCAAGUGUUGUAUAAACAACCCUAUUUUCCCUUCAGGCUCUUUAUGUAAAACUAUCUAGUAGCCUUAAAAGAGUAAAACAGUAUUUCUGAAAACAUCUGUGGCUCAUUUAAUGAUGAAAGUGCUUCCUUGGUACAUCUUGUACUAUUUAUCAUGUAUUUCUGGCAGGAUCUUAAUAAAAAUGGGCCCUGGUUGAUCAAAAAAAA